AUGUACGCGCUCCGGGUCCAGACCUCGGACGGAAGUAGCUCCGCGGGCAGCGACAGCUACCAGUCGCUCGUCCUGGACGACCCCGACGGACCACGCCGCGCACCACCCCUCCUGCGCGACCCGCCGCCGGCGUCGCCAUCCGCCUCCGCCUCGUCGUGGGUCAACAAGAUUGGGUCGACCAUGUUCAACAAGAUCAAAGUGGCGCCCACCGACCAGCCACGGGCCGAGCGCCCGCCGCAGUACGCACUACCACUACCCAGCGACGAGCUAAGGAUAGCCAUCUCGCCGUCCAAGCACGACGACCGCGAGGACGCCAAGCCCGUACUGGCGAAAGCGGGCUCGCUCGGGCAGAGCCUCGACUUUAUCAAGGUCUACUGCAGUCCAAAGCGCCAGCCGAGUCCCAAGAUCAAGCCCAGCAUCGACAGCACCAAGCAGCGCCGGCCACCACGUAUGGUACCAACGCCCAUCCUCGGGUUUGAAGAGUAUGCUGCCCAUGACGACGACGACGACGACGACGAUGAAAACGACGACGAUGAAAACGACGGCAUGCGCCGAUCGUCCCCGAAACGCGCCUCCGACGUUGUCCCGACGCACGUCGUUCCUGUGCUGCAGAGCUUUUUUGCACGCCCGAAAGUCAACCCGCGCGCCAAAAGCAACUCGAUCCAGUCCGUCGACAAGCGCAUCCACCGCCAAGAGCAGUACAAGCGCGACCUCAACCGCCACGACGAGCUCCGGUCCGCGCACGCGACCCAGCGCCAAGUCGACGCGCAGCUGGUGCGCAUUGAGGCGUGGAAGCAGCAGAUGCGGUCGCUCAAGCGCCAGCGGCUGCGCGACGUGCAGGACGCCAAGCAAGUGCUGCUGCAGCGCCAGGCCCACGAAGCCUCGCUCGUCGCGGCCACGCGGGAUGCGUGGGAAGCUGCGUUCGAAGACGACGUCGCGCAGCUCAGCGCCGCGUUCGCCAAGAUCAAGCGCGGCGACGACCGGCCCAUGACGACAGCCGGCUCCGCCAUGCACGAAGCCACGUCGAUCGUCGAGCGGGACAAGGCGCUCGCCACCACUGCACGCGCUCAGACGGCGCCGCUCGGCGACAAGAGCAGCAGUCAAAGCCGGCAUCCGCGAUUCCACGCCGUCGACCAAGCCAUUUCGGAGCGAAGUCGACCCAACAGCAGUAGCAGCAACACGACAGAGAAGAGCCUCACGGAACAGCACUCGUGGGUCGAGACGUGCGAGGACGUGCUGCAGCUGGACGGCGACGAGAGAUAGCGCGCAGUAGUCUAGUUAGUGUAGUAAUAGUACCCUUAG